UAACAUCGUACUUUAAGAUAUACUGUCAUCAAGAUGCAUUGAUUAAGAUAAUUAUAAAGAUUAUAGCUGACCCAUUUGCUGGUACCUUAUCCAAUAAUAUGGUGAUGGCAGGAAACGAAAAUGUGCCAGGAGCCUUGGCAGAUAAUCCACUAUCUGCGAGACUGCAAUGGCUACGUCAGCACAGAGAAGUCUUACAAGGAAAGCUUGUCCAAAAAAAUAAUGAGCUGAAAAACCUGUGUAUAGAAGAGGCAGAGUUAACUGGAAUUUUACCACUGGAAAUACCUCUGGAACCUGGCGAAAGUCCACCAAUUUUUCGUAAAAAAGCGAGCACUUCCUUUAUACAUCCACAAAAAUUGAUCCCUAAGCUGAAGACAUCUGAUAUUGAGGAGUCUGAGUUGGAGUUGGAGAAGCAAAUACAACUUGGAAUUGUGGAAGCUGCAUUGGGUGUUAUCAAUGAUCCUACAGAAAGUAAGGCCACACGACGUAAACAUAGGCUUGCUUAUCAGCAAAGUCAGCAAAGACUGCAAGAGUUAGAGACACAGCUGAACUUUAUUAGGCAAACCCGUGGUAAAACACAGCGUCCAACUCAAUUUCCAGUAAACACAGGAAGUUACAAUAUGCAACCACAUUCACAUGUUAACGUAAAGCACAGGACAAAGAAACCACGACCACCUUUAGAUAGUACAGGAAAUGAGAUAACAAGUCCAAAGUCUAUUGGAAGAAGUAUUCUUCAUGAACCUGGUAUAAGUUUGAGUCCCUUAGCACCUGAAAACGAAUCAAAUACUUACAGUGGACAUGGAUAUAAGGAGCAAUUAACUAUACCGAGUGUUUGUAAUCAUCACCAUAGUGGCACGUAUCCCGGCAUAAGCCCAGUCGAACAACCGAAUAUUAAAAUUGUGGAACACGAUCACAAUGAUAAUCACAACGUCUACAUUUUACCCAAUCAAUAUCGCGCGCGUACGUAUUCUCACGGAAGUGGCGGAUCUUGUGGACAUUAUCAGGAUACCGAGAGAAUGUAUCGACCUUAUGUGCCGAACACAUAUACCGAAAACGAGCGUCAAAUGCGCUACCUUAAAUUCCAGCAUAUGCAAAAGCAACAACAAUUGCAGAAUCAUAUCCAACAGCAGACCCACAGACUACAAUAUUCAAAUUCCUUUGAAUACAAGCAUCUCGAUAAUGCGGAUAUCUUACGGCGAAGUGGACAGGGAACCUAUGAUAGAGAUUUUCGUUCAUCUCAUUACUUGCCCAUCGAUUACCAGGCCUACUAUAGGGACAGUGCACAGUCUCAGCAGAUUUUACAGAGACGAGAUCGUGAUUCAUCAUCUUGCGUUAAGAACACCUCGCGGCACAGUGGUGGCAGUAUAUCAAUUGAGGCUCCAUUACCACCUGGUUAUUGGAUGCGCCAUAAUGACGAUAUUCACUGGGUGAGCAUAGACGAGCCCGACAGAUUCGGUAGUUUAGAUCGCAGACGUCGAAAUGCUCAACACAACAGUGUCAGUGAGGCGAAUCUAGACACGCAAUCGCGUUAUCGCACGAUUGCUAUUACAUGUACUAAAAGCUCAUCGAGCAGCAAUGUUACCGCGUCAUCUCAUCAGCAUCCCUCCGUUCAUUUACUGCCGUUGUCCGAGCAACAAACACCAACAAAUAAGAUGCUGCUGCGUACACAAUCAUUGGGAAGCGUAGAGACCUGGAACUCAAGUCAUUUGCAUGAUUCGCACGAUGAUAAGGAUGCGUCUACGACGGAAUACACCAAUAACAAUCGUAAGAGUCGUCAAAAAGAAUGGUACGAAACAUCAUUAGAUGCAGGAGUAAGUGUAGGUUUAGAUCAUAACCUGAUUACCGCACGAAAAAAUGUGCAUUAUCAAUCGAGUCCACCACUUGCUCGUAUCAAAACUGUUACUAUUAACGAGAAGGCAAGAAAUAAUCAGACAACAAGCGGACCGCCGCUGCCGGUGAAUCCUGCAAACCGUCACAAGAAAGAUAAGCCCAGGGAGCAGCAGCACGCAGUGCAACAGUCUCAUCCUCAUUACAAUCAGUCCACGACCAGGUCGAAGGUAUUGGAGAUACCAGCCGAAUCAAAGCCAUCCAUUGACGUCUGCGAUAAUGUGAUACGACCAUUAGGCUCACCGCAAAACUGUACGGUUGUACAGCCAGGAAAAUAUCAACCAUAUAGGGAAGUGACAAAGCCUUUUGAAAUGUCGGACUUUUACAAGUAUUCAACAAAAUUCCGCAAGAGAAACGAAGCUGCCGCGCAAUCUGAGGUCGGCAACGGAGAUUCCCCGCUCCAGGAGAACCAUCCCGCAGAAACAGGCACCGCUGAUUUAUCUAGAGAUCCUAAUUCUUAUAAUUUUGGACCAAAUGAUAAUGUUACCGCUAGUCCGGUACAAAGAAGACUCUAUCAGCCGGUACAACGCAUGACAUGUCAACCUUAUCUCUCAUCGUUGAGAUAAUUGUUUGCGCUCGCGUAUAUAAAAUUUAUUCAUGCAUGUCACAUUAUCACAUAAGUGU